AUGCUGAAUACUGUGCGAUCUCGUCCAUGGACCUGCAGGGCCUGCCUGCAGCGUCUCCAACGUCUGCAGCGUCCCCGACCAGAACGUACCUUUGCAACUGCUGUCGCGGCAGACCAGCAGUCCUCCGUUGAUUAUGUCGCAGCAAACAAAUUCGCAAAGCAACGCGACGAUGAAACCCUAAGACGAGUCUUUGAUUCGCGCCCAUUUUGGCGCGAUUUCUCGCAGAGACAAGCAAAUAGCUCGAAACGGACGGGGAUCGUACAGAACCAGUAUCUCACCAGCCCUGAAGGCUUCCGCGAGUUCGCGCAUACGUCAUUACAGAAAUGUCAACGCAUCGUCUCAAAGGUGCUGGCGGUGUCUACGUUGGACGGAUACAAGACUAUGGCUAAGGAUUUGGAUCGAUUGAGUGAUUUGCUAUGUCGGGUUAUCGAUUUGUCGGAUUUUGUUCGAAGCAACCAUCCGAAUCCGUUGAUACAAGAAGCGGCUACCCAGGCUUAUGCACUCAUGUUCGAGUACAUGAACAUUCUGAACACGACGACAGGACUGCAUGACCAACUUAAAAAGGCAGCUGCUACUCCCGAAGUGGUUGCUUCUUGGACGGAGGAGGAGAGAAUGGUUGCUGAAAUAUUGAUCAAAGACUUUUCAAACUCGGCAAUCCACAUGCCCCCGAAAGAUCGACAACGGUUCGUCAAUCUGUCCAACGAUAUCAGCCAACUGGGAUCGGAAUUCGUCAACGGCGCCGAGCCCGCAAAACCCCACGUUGUGUUGAGCAAGAGCAGUGUUCAGGGCUUAGAUCCGACGGUUGUACAUCAGCUACAGAGGUGGAAUAGUGUACCCAUUCCGACCUGGGGAGUAGAACCGCGAUUGGCACUCAGAUCUAUGCACGAUGAGAAGUCGAGAAAGGAAGUUUAUAUGGCGACACGGAUGUCGAGCAGGCGACAAAUCCACCGGUUGGAAGAACUUUUGCAUAAGCGGGCAGAAUUGGCCAAACUGUCCGGAUAUAGUACGUAUGCUCACAUGGCAUUGAGUGAUAAGAUGGCCAAGACUCCUGAAGCAGUCUCGAAUUUCUUGACGACUCUUAUUGGAAAUAACCGAGUGCAAGUCCAGGAGGAGCUCGCCAAACUACAAAGUAUGAAAGGGGCGGCACCACUGCAGCCUUGGGACCAUUCGUACUACGUUCAAAAGCGUGUUCUAGAAUAUUCAAUGUCGCGACGGUCUCGCGAACUAAGCAGAGUUCCGGAGUUUUUCUCACUUGGCACGGUGAUGCAGGGUCUUUCUCGCCUAUUUGAUCAUUUGUAUGGUAUACGACUAGUGCCUCAGGAGACGCUGCCGGGCGAAACAUGGAAUUCAGAUGUUCGAAGACUGGAUGUGGUUAACGAGGCUGGUCAGCACAUUGCCGUCAUAUACUGCGACUUAUUCACACGACCAAACAAGAGCCCCAACCCGGCUCACUUCACCCUUCGAUGUGCACGUGAAAUCUCCGCAGAAGAAAUCGCCGAAUCGGCGUCUAUGGAACCUCCGUCCCACCCGAAUGACGGAAUGGCAACGGCAAUGAAUCCUGGAUCGGACACUCUUCGCCAAUUGCCUACUAUUGCUCUUGUCUGUGACUUUCCGGAGCCACCUGUAUCUGGGAAUGGUCCCCCCACACUACUCUCAGAACACAGUGUGAGAACCUUGUUCCACGAGAUGGGACAUGCAGUUCAUUCCGUUCUUGGACAAACACCCCUUCAGUCGAUUUCAGGUACACGAUGCUCGACCGAUUUCGCUGAGCUGCCAUCCGUCCUUAUGGAGAGUUUUGCCACAGCGCCAGAAGUCCUCUCAUUAUAUGCGCGGCACUGGGAAACCGACAAACCGUUGUCAGAAAGCAUGAUGCAAAGCAUGGCUGCAGACCGCGUCGCACACGGAAGUAUAUACGGGGCUGUUGAGAACGAAGCACAGAUUCUCAUGGCUCUCGUUGAUCAAGCCUACCAUGCACGAUCUGCUGAUGGCGGGAGACGAUCAAUCGAUAGCACUGAUAUUUACCAUCAGGUAUUUUCCACGUACUGCACACUGCCCGACCCCCAAGAUGGGAACACGCGCACAUCCUGGCAAGGGUUCUUCGGUCACUUGUACGGUUACGGAGCCACAUACUACAGCUAUAUUUUCGACCGCGCUAUUGCGAACAAGAUCUGGCAUGACGUCUUCCAAGGUGGCAAACUGUCGAUUGAUCGCCAGGCAGGAGAAAAGUAUAAGAAUGAAGUACUUCGCUGGGGCGGUGGACGUAACGGCUGGAACUGCGUGGCGGGKGUUCUUGGAGAUGCUAAUCCGUCAAAUGCAAACGGACGAUUAGCGGAAGGUGGUGAGGAGGCGAUGCGUGAAGUUGGUCGAUGGGGAUUGGGCAGGGAUGGCAUAUCGAGCUGA